AUGGCGUUGGUUGCUGGCGGCGGUAUCGACAAGCCCCUCCCCGCCGCACUCCUCAGCCAGCUGCUCCCGCCGGUUCGCGGCAUCCGCAUCGCUGCGCCGUACUCCAGCGACGAUGACGAGCGUGCGCCCCUCAUCCCCACGGGCACGCCGGCUUCCUCCACCUCCGCCUCCUCCGACCCGGCGCCGACCACCAGUUUCCCGGGGGCGACGGGCACGCCGGCUUCCUCCACCUCCGCCUCCUCCGACCCGGUGCCGACCACCAGUUUCCCGGGGGCGACAGCAGCAAAGCGGUGGAGGCCGUUCAGGCGCGUAGGCGACGUGUUCGACGCAUGGACCAAGCAGGGGCACGAGGAACCAUACGCCGACAUCGACAUUGAGAUGGCAUUUCCCGCUGCCAACUUUCCCAACCCGGCCUCCUCGAUGGUCAAAGCCAAUUCAGCGCCGCCACGGUGGGCGAACCGGUGCGUAGGCGAUGGGCAGGCUCUGCACUUCCAAGGCUUGAACAAGGAUUCUGGUGCUGGAUCGAGGCAGCCUGCUGCUAGCUCCUCCGUGGCCAGUGCAUCCGGGCAGUCUGCAGCCGAGUCCAUGGUGGGCGCUGGCACUCCAUCCGGCUCCGUGAUGGGCGCUGGCAGUGCAUUCGGUUCCGUGGUGGGCACUGGCAGUGCAUCGGGGCAGGUAUUGCCAGAAAGUCUCUCUCGAAAUUAUUUUGCUAAUGUGAUUCCGCAUGACCACCAGUUUUCUUUUGAGUAG